GCGCAGACCGAGCAGACUCUGCCGCAGCGACUCAUCCUAUCGAUAAGGUUCAGUUAGCCAAGGUGGAGGAUGGGAAAAGAAUGGAACUGUCCCAGCUACUCAAUGAGAUCAGGGCAAACUAUGAAAAGAUCCUCACCAGAAAUCAGAUAGAGACGGUGCUCUCAACAAGGAUCCAGCUAGAAGAAGACAUAAGCAAAAAAAUGGACAAAGAUGAAGAGGCUUUGAAGGCAGCUCAAGCAGAACUCAAGGAGGCCCGACGCCAGUGGCACCACCUGCAAGUGGAAAUUGAAUCUCUCCAUGCUGUGGAAAGGGGCCUUGAAAACUCCCUGCAUGCCAGUGAGCAGCAUUACCAGAUGCAGCUGCAAGACCUAGAGACUGUGAUUGAAGGACUAGAAAAAGAGCUACAGGAAGUAAGGCGCGGCAUCGAAAAGCAGCUUCAAGAGCAUGAGAUGCUUCUCAACACGAAGAUGAGGCUGGAACAAGAAAUAGCAACUUAUCGCCGCCUCCUAGAAAAAGAAGAAAUCAGAUAUUAUGGUUGUAUCCAAGGUGGGAAAAAAGACAAAAAGCCUACCACAAGUAGAGUUGGUUUUGUUUUACCAUCAGCCAUUAUAAAUGAAAUAUCUUUUACUACAAAAGUCCCACAAAAGUAUGAGAAUGAAAAUGUAGAAACAGUAACCAAACAGGCAAUCUUAAAUGGGAGUAUCGUUAAGGAGAGCACUGAAGCUCAUGGCACUAUUCAGACAGAGAAAGUGGAUGAAGUUAUUAAAGAAUGGGAAGGUUCUUUCUUUAAAGAUAACCCUCGAUUGAGGAAAAAAUCUGUUUCUCUUCGAUUUGAUCUUCAUUUAGCAGCCACUGAUGAAGGGUGUUUAGAGACUAAGCAGGAUAAUCUACCAGAUAUAGAAGUCAGGCUUAUCAUGAGAAGAUCAUGCAGUAUUCCCUCUAUCAAACCUCCAUCAACAGCUAAUUAAUCCAAAGAUAGUAUUUGACUUGAUUGGAAAAUGUUAGGAUGGACCAAGGUGGGCCAUACCAACUCCCUCUGUCCCAAAAUGUAAGUUAUUACGUAUGUAUGGAAAAUGUUAUGAUCAAUAUGUGGUUCUCUUCAGAAGAAAAAAACAGUAAAGGACAUUUCUCUGAAUCUAAUUAUGGAGAUAGACAUAUAUAUAUAUAUAUGAAUGAGAGGGAGUAGCUUAAAAAUAAAAUCACAAAUUCAGUACAGUCUCUUUCUUUAUAUUCUCCCAAUAGUCUUCUUUUUCCCUUGAAACUUCAUCAGAGACUGUAAGCAUUAAGCUGGUUUAGUAAAGUCUUUGUAAUUUUUUUCAAUGGCUGAAUACGCUAAGGAAAAAAUAAUUGUUUGAAUAGGAUUGUGUUAAGAGUCACACUGAGCUAUUCACCAUUAUUCCAUGACUGGUUAAACCUAUAAUAUUUCUUCUAUUUUUCAAAAAGAGCAAUUAUAAACAAGUUUUUAAAGGGGGACUCACUAGUCACUUAAUGAGGAUUCUUCUUUUUGAGAUAAAUCAUUUGUAUACUGAGAAAAAUAAGAGUUAUUUUCCAUGAGAAAUUCUGAGCAAACUAUAGAACACACCCCAAGGCUAAUUUGAGAUAAGUAAAAUUAAGUUAAUCUACAUAUAUCUAAAAGUUUUUUUUUGUAAUAAGUAUCUGAUUUCUGGAAGAUUUACUUUACUCAAGGAGCUUUAAAGGUUGUAUCCCCCACCAAAAAAAGAAAAAAAAUCAGAAGGCCAACUGCACAAACAAAACAUGAAAAGCAAAUUGAAAAGGUAGUUACUAUAGUUAUCAGAACAGUUACCCACCAUCCCAGUUUUUCCAUCUGUAAAGCUAAAUGUGAUUAGAGUGUUUGCUAUAAGCCAUAAAUAAGAUACUAUAUGAAGUAUUAUAAAUAUUUCUUGCAAUCAUUUAUGUGAACUAAGAUAACGGUAUUGUUAUCUAAGCUAAGAGUAUUUGCAGGAUUUGUUUUUAAAUCGUUCAAAUUGUAAUAAAUAUGGGUAGAAAACAUAUUUGUGAAUAAGUGAGGUAUUGUUGCAAAGUUUUUAAAAUAACCUAAUUUGUUUAAUACAGGUAUAUUUAAGAUCUUAAUAAAUACCUGUUUUAAGACAUUAGAAAUUUAUAAGCUCUUAAUUCUUUUCUAAGCAGAAAAAGUAGUUGAGUACAACUCACCAUACUUUUUCCCAGCUAAAGUAUCAUCUAAGGGCUAUAGCUAUGUUAGCAUUUUAGUACAGCCUUUAAAAUAUUUCUCUCUCUCUCUCUCUCCUCUCUCUUCUCCUCCAUCUCUCUCUCCAUAUAUACAUAUUAUAUAUAUAUAAUUUAUAUAUAUAUAUAUAUUUCAACCAGAAAAAUGUAUGUUUUAACCAGGAAAAUAUUAUGUUAAAUAAUCUUUAACAUAAUACAGGGAUAUAAAAUUUUUAAUUUUCUUUCAAUUACUUCAGAUUCCUUUUAGUCUGGUUUAUUCUAUUUAGUGAAAAGGGAUGAUUUUGUUUUGUCAAGGAUAUAACAGCAUGUUAAGUGCUUAUUCUUGCAUAAGCAUCUGACCUAAAAUACAUCCUAUACAUAAAAAAUGUUUCAUUUGAUAUUGCUAAAUGCUACUAACUUUAUUAAAGCUUUAAAAAUGCUAUCAUAUAAGCUAUUGUACUAAAGUUACUGUACUAAGCAACAGUGAUCAUAAUAAAGCAAUAUAUCUAGCAUAAUCUAUUGCAGUGUUAAAAAAACUUAGUACUGGUCGUCAUGAAUGUAACUGCUUGUUGUAGUAAUUCCAGUAUGCAUCUAUUGGGUAUAUAACAUGUACAUUUUAAAAUACAGUAUUUGAAUUUAUAAUGAAGCUUUAUUUGCUUUGGGGCAUUUUAAAUUGGGAUAUGAAUUUACCAAGGUAAUGAUUCCACUACAAUUAAAAAAAUCAAACAUGGCCAGGCAUGGUGGCUCAUGCCUGUAAUCCCAGCACUUUGGGAGGCCAAUGUGGGAGGACUGCUUGAGCCCAAGAGUUCAAGGCCAGCCAGGGCAAUA